AUGAAGUCCUUUCUUGUUACCCUGGCACUCGCUAACACCGCCCUGGGAGCAUCUAACGUGUCCCUCCCCAAUGGCUGGUUCACGAUCCCUCCCGCCUCAAAGAUCUCCCCAGGCUCUUUCCACGGGCAGCCUCGCUACUUGACAUGGAUGGUCGACAGCCAGAUCAAGCACGGCAUCGAGCCCACGCACGCCUACACCGUAUCCGCGCUGCUUUCUGCCGUGAAGCUCGCCUACGACCGGACCCAAGAUGAUAAAUAUGCCGCAUACAUUGAGAAGCACGUAGACAUCCAGCUCUACCCAGGCUAUAACGGCAACAUCUUGAUGUACAACAACAGCAACUCCAUCGAUGACAUUCGUUUCGGGCAUUCAUUUCUUGACAUGUACAACAUAUCCGGUGGAGAGGAGAUCUACAAAACUGCGGCGAAGGUCCUGAAAGACCAGAUCGACCGCAGUCGCCGCACGCCAGAUGGUGGAUUUUACCAUCGUUACCCCGACUAUGUCGAUCAGAUGUGGCUCGACGGGAUUUACAUGCUAGACGUCUUUUAUGCGCGGUGGACCUAUGAGUUCGAACCUGAUAACACCACGGCGUGGGACGACAUCGCGCUCCAGUUUGAUCUCAUCGAUGCGGGAACGACGGUCGAUCGGGAGCGCACAAAUGGGCUUCCACUCCACGGAUUCGACGUUUCAAAAAAGCAGACGUGGGCCGAUCCCGAAACGGGUGCAUCGCCUCACGUCUGGGGCCGUGCUGUUGGAUGGUACAUCAUGGCCCUCGUAGACACACUUGACUACUUCCCGGAACAGCACCCCGGCAGAGAAAGACUCCUGUCCUACCUGCAAAGCCUUGCAGACGCUGUCGUGGCGUCACAAGAUAAGGUCUACAAGGGCUGGUAUAACAUCAUGGACCCAGGUCUAGAGUCCCGCUCAGGCAACUACAUCGAAAGCUCCGGUUCGGCAAUGUUUGUGUACGGCCUAUUCAAGGCUCUGCGACUCGGGCACAUCUCCGGGGAGCAGUACGAGGCCGCGGCGACGAGCGGAUGGGACCUUAUGACUGGCACUUUCGCUGAGAAGACGGAGAGCGAUGGGGCUUUGGUAUGGGGCUGGACAGUUCAGACGGGGAGUUUGAGCUCCAAUGGAACCUUCGAGUAUUAUGCCAGCAUUCCUCUAUUCGAGAAUGACCUUAAAGGUGUAGCGCCUUUCAUUUUCUCUGCAUAUGAGUAUGAACUCUAUAUUGAGGGGAAGGAGUGA